CACCCAGGUGCAGAGCAAGCUUGAAAGAGACAGCGGAAGGACUUUCCCGGACUGCACUGUCGCUCAGCUGGCCGCACCAAUCACCACGCAGCUUGCCCUCGGACCCUCCUCUUUGAGGGCGUGUCCCUGGUGAGUGAUUGACGGAGCCGCCCGGCCCAGCUCAGGCCAGCCCACGUUGCUGCUUAGAUUGAAAUGCAGAACUCUAGCCUCUUUCAUCGGGGCACAGACUUCCUUUUACUCCUUCCUUUUGCACUCUCGCCGCCUCCUCCCGGGAAGAAGCGGAGGCACCGGCGGCCCGGGGCAGCGACGAGCCGGGCCACUGAGGCUGUGCGAAAAGUUACUUUUUGGGAGUGCGGAACUGGGGCCCCGUUGGUGUACUGCUCGGAGCAAUGGAGCCAGCCUUUGGGGAGGUGAACCAGCUGGGAGGAGUAUUCGUGAACGGGAGGCCGCUGCCCAACGCCAUCCGGCUUCGUAUCGUGGAACUGGCCCAACUGGGCAUCAGACCGUGUGACAUCAGCCGCCAGCUACGGGUCUCGCACGGCUGCGUCAGCAAGAUUCUGGCGCGCUACAACGAGACAGGCUCGAUCUUGCCAGGAGCCAUUGGGGGCAGCAAACCCCGAGUUACCACCCCCACCGUGGUGAAACACAUCCGGACCUACAAGCAAAGGGACCCUGGCAUCUUUGCCUGGGAAAUCCGGGACCGCCUGCUGGCGGACGGCGUGUGCGACAAGUACAACGUGCCCUCGGUGAGCUCCAUCAGCCGCAUCCUGCGCAACAAGAUCGGCAACUUGGCUCAACAGGGUCAUUACGACUCCUACAAGCAGCACCAGCCGGCGCCGCAGCCGGCUCUGCCCUAUAACCACAUCUACUCGUACCCCAGCCCCAUCACGGCGGCCGCAGCUAAGGUGCCCACGCCGCCCGGGGUGCCAGCCAUCCCCGGCUCGGUGGCCAUGCCCCGUACCUGGCCCUCCUCCCAUUCCGUCACCGAUAUCCUGGGCAUUCGCUCCAUCACCGACCAAGGAGUGAGCGACAGCUCCCCCUACCACAGCCCCAAGGUGGAGGAGUGGAGCAGCCUGGGCCGUAACAACUUCGCCGCCGCCGCCCCCCACGCGGUGAACGGGCUGGAGAAGGGAGCUCUGGAGCAGGAAGCCAAGUACGGUCAGGCACCAAAUGGUCUCCCAGCUGUAAGCAGUUUUGUGUCAGCGUCCAGCAUGGCUCCUUAUCCGACCCCGGCCCAAGUGUCGCCUUACAUGACCUACAGCGCCGCUCCUUCCGGUUAUGUGGCUGGACAUGGGUGGCAACAUGCCAGCGGCACCCCACUUUCCCCCCACAACUGUGACAUUCCCGCAUCGCUGGCGUUCAAGGGAAUGCAGGCAGCCAGAGAAGAAAACCUGACAUGACUUUAGGAUUUGAAAACAAAAGCAAUCUUAAGGAUUGAAUGAGACAUUUGUGUUGCCCACACACUGUUUUAACGUAGCAAAGAAACCUGCACCCCUCAAAGGGCUUAAGGAACUUUUAAAACUAGUCUUUGGUAAAACCACAUGUGUAUAUUUAUUCUAAAUCAACCUGAACUUUUGAAACGUGCAAUUGUUGAGAUUUUGCAAAAUCAAUAAAGGAAAACACAUACAGAAAAAAGUUACGCUGCACCCUCUAAUCAAAUAAGGUGACCAAGUAAGUUUAAAUUCAUCAUUAGGAAACUAAUCAAUAAUUGAUUUGAGUGAUGCUUUAUUUUUAAGAGAUAACCUAUUUUGUUGGAAAAUAUGUAUAACAAGCCGUAUCUGAAUUUAGCUCCUCCUGAUGUUUUUACUCGGUUCCAAAUACAGUGAUGUUUAUAUUUUCUAUUAGUUUGUAAAUACGGACUCUGGAUGGUGCAUUUGUGUUUUCAUUCCAUGGGAUACCCCCCUCCCUCCCACCUCUAUCUAUUUUUUUCUCUCUUUUUGUAAAGGUGACUUUCUGGCAACGUCUUUGUCUCUGUUUGGUGGUGGGCUCCUGGACCUGGACUUGCCCCAAAUUUUGUGUGUGCAGUGAAGGCUUCAACAUCUUAUGAAGGACAUUUGCUUUCUACAGCAGAGGACUCAAAAACAGAUUAAACAAGCCAGUCUCCCAUUUUGUAUCCUAAUCAAACAACACACAUGCCAAGCAUAUAAAGACAUGAGGGUGGAAAAUAUCUGAAUAAGAAGGCUUUAAAGGAAGUCACUUAGAAACUUAAGUUUAAUGUGAAAUGCUUUGCAAAGACACUUAAAAUGAACUUUAUGUUAAGAAAACCACUGUGAAACUAAAUUGUACUGUUAUUGUUGGCUUACCUGUGUGUUCAGCAAUCUCAGCCCAAAAUUAUGUUGUAAUUUAAAGAAAGUGGAAAAUUCUGCUCUAGUGAAUGUAAAAAUGGCUUGCUGUGAAGUUUACAUUGUUGUACAGAAGCAUGUUUCACAUGUAGGUAAACUGGUGGUGGUAUUAGAAAUACAAAUGCUAUUUAAUUUUUUAAAAUUCCCUUUAUUCAUUUCUGCAGUUAAAGGACCUAGUUUAGCCAGUAAGUCUUUCUAGACCAAUUCUGUUUUCACUUUAAUGUUAAUAGUAGAGCUGUGGUGUGUGUGUGUGUGUGUGUGUGUGUGUGUGUGUGAGAGAGAGUGUGUGUGUGAGUGAGGUGUCGUGUUUUAAAACAAUUGUUUUUCUUGGGUAUAAUUCUACAUUUUUUCUUUUCUGUUUAGAAAGUUCUUCCUGCUUGGGAUAUAGGCUUGAAACUACGUUUUAAAAACAUUGGUACAAUUCAUCUAUUGGAAAAUUAAUAUAUUAUGGGGUUUUUUUUGGCAUUCUGUGCAAUAACUAAAAGGGCACAUCACUAGAUAAUGGAUGUUAAAGAUGCAUUCGGUUAGGUGAUCUUGGUUUCUUCCUCUCUGUGCUGUGCACAGUCCACAUGGCAACCCAGUUCGGUCACAUCGGUUUCAUGGCUUCAUUUAAAAAACUCAGAUGGCUAGAGGAACUAGGUUUUCAGAUCACUAGCAUAUAAACAGUAAGCAGAUUUGACACACAAGUUACAUUCAAAGAACUGCUUUUUUUCCAACUACAGAUAUCUUAGAGGGCUUUGAACUGCAUUUAUUUCUAAAGCAACCGAAAGUCAGUGCUACAAACAGAGGAUUAUAACUUCAGGAGAAGAAUAAGCAGAAGGAGCAGAUGAACUCUCAGGGCCAUAGUCUUCCUUUGAUCUUGUAAAACUCCUAUUGACAUCUGGAGUUCCCAGUCUGGUAAGAAAAUAGACUAUAAACCGAAUGGAACAAAGAUACCAGUCCAAUAUUUUGGUGAAGACUUUAAAACCAUACUGUACAGGGACUCUCCUGCCAUCCAGAAAAACUGACAUAAGGUACAGAAUUAUCCUUUAUCAGAUAUUUUUAGGUGGCUAUUAAGAGUCUUUAAAAAACUCAAUUGUAUGAAACACAAUGAAAUAUUUAUCUAAAUUAAGAAAUCUCUUGUUAUUCUAUUUAUAAUUGUUUCUGGUUCUUGUAUUUUUAAAAAAUCUAAUAUUAAUGAUGCCAAGAUUUUUUUUUUCCUUCUCUUCUUCCCCUCAGGUCUUUUCUUAGCAACAGUGAAUUCACAUGGAGUAACUUAAAGACAACAGAAAGCUAGAAUACAACUUGCAAUUCAAAGCAAAUUAUGAUUUAAAGCUACUCUUAAAAAUAAGAGAAGGAAAAUGGGAUGGGGAUUGUUUAAUUUUUAGACGUUAUUAUUAUUGGCUAAUGUUGACAUAUUUCCUUUGUUUCUUAGGGGGUAAAAGUGUUGUUUUUAAACUGGCAAAUGCACUCUUCAGAGGUCCUUUCCCAUCCCAUUCACAGGGAGAGGUUAAAGGUUCAAUUUCAUGGCCUCCAUGCAGGCAGUACUCUCCCUCACAGGCCGCAAUAGCAUUACCUGCAAAGGAUAGGAUGCAGUUGUACGACAGACGCAUCUUGUUUUUUUUUUUUUUUUCUUUCUACUUUUAGUGACCCUCUUAUUGAAUAUUGGGCUGAAAUAUAAAUUAAAAAACACGUUGGAAAGGAUGUACAACCGAAGGCUGUGUAUGUAUAUACAGUAUGUCAAAAAGCCUUUAUUUUUAUACUUCAAAUGCUCUAAAUUAAUAAAAAGUAAUAAUUACCAUGUUAUCUUUUAUUUUUUAUUUUCAAAAUGCUUCAGUGACCUAGCCUCAUGGUAGAAAUAAUCUUCAGUAGUAGUUAAGAAUAGGUAUUGUCUAGAACGUGCAGAUAUUUUUGUUGACGUCAGCUACUGAGGUAGCAUCAUUUCAGGAGGCAACUAAAAAAUCCAGUUUGGUUCUGUCGGUGCCAAGGAGAUAUUUUUUUGGAGUGCAUGUUAGUACAGGAAUCUUUGGAAAUGCCAAGAACGUACUUCUAUUUUGAAACAUUUUCCCCUUCAUAAUACACAUUUUAACACUGCAGAUAGCUUCUGGUAUGAAGUCAUCUGUCACUUUAAUAAUUUGGAAAUGUACUUUAAACAGUCUUUUUAAGAACGGCAUAGGUAAGAGUUCUGAAAAAAGAUAUUUGGAUGCAAACACGGCACAAAUGGGCCCAAGGAGUGGUUCCAAAUUGUUAUUUAACAUGAAACUAUUUCAGCAACAAAAAUUGUUUUCAAAGGGAAUUAUGUGAAGGAAAGUAGUUCAACAUAAUUUCAUGUUUUCUAUUUGUCCUAAAAGACUUCACGUAUCAUGAUUUAAAAAAACAGUGCCAGUAGCUUUGGGAAAGUAGAGGUGUGAUGUAGAUUAUUACUCUAAAGAAAACCAAUGGAUUUAAAUUUUAACAUAAAAUUCAAUAUUUUUAAAAUGCCA